AUGUCUGAGGAAAUGAAGGAUAAGUUUGAGAAGUAUUGGAAAGAUAUCCAUGGUCUUAUGUCCGUUGCAACAGUUCUUGAUCCAAGGUAUAAACUUCAUAUUCUCAAUGCUCUUUAUGGCCCCCUCUAUGGAAGAGAGCAUGCAACCACCGAAAUAGAGAAGGUAAAGAAGUUAUUGAUUGAGUUGGUGAAGAAAUAUAAAGAUGAAGUUGAAGGUGAGGAUACACAUGAUGCUUCUAUUACGGAGCCAGUUGGAGAACAAGAUGAAGUCAUGAAACUCUAUGACAUGUAUUUGUCUAGUCGCCCCAUGGUCCCUUCUUCAUCAAUCCAUACAGAAUUGGACUUGUAUUUGGAAGAAGCUAGUUUUCUUAAAAAUAGAACACAAUAA